AGUAUUAACAAUGAAUGACUGAGUAAAUGGUUCACUAUUCAUCUGUAUAGAAUUCUUGAAUUUAGGUGUUUUGAUACCAAAGGAUCCCAGAGUUGAUCUGAAAGAUGAGGACCUUCGUCGCUCUGCUGUUUGUUCUCGGCAGCUGUCUCUCUGAGCUGCAGGUUUUUCAAAGUAGAGACGUUGACAAGAAGCCAAUCUUUAUGGAAACCACACAGAGGGCCAGCGAGAGCCAGGUGGAGGAACAGAGAGUCCUACUCCAGGAGCUGAGAGCCAUUGUGGCUCAACAGAGCACCAAACUGAAUGAGAUGGGAGCCAUUGUGGAGGAACUGAAGAGAGAGAACGGAGAGAGACCGAAGGUGGCCUUCUCAGCCUCGCUGUCUGAAUCCAAAGGACCAAAUAGUGAUGAUGUCAUCCUGGCCUACAAACAUGUCUUCAACAAUAUUGGUGAGGCUUACAGUCCGGUGACGGGUAUCUUCAGAGCACCGGUUAAUGGAGUCUACUACUUCACAUACACUGCCUUUACAACCUCCAGCAAGGGGAGAAGAGUGUCGCUGUAUAAAAAUGGACUUGUAAUGGUGACUGUGACCGAUGAUGUUUCAGACUCGGAGGACGGUGGAACCAAUGGUGUCACACUGCAGUUGGAUGCAGGAGAUGAGGUCUACACUCGACUGAUGGAAGGAUUUAACAUCUUUGAUGACAAUAAUCACCACAGCACCUUUACUGGCUUUCUGCUCUUCACUUAGAAAACAGUUUAUUCUAUCGCUGAAUCCUACUGCUUUAUAAGGAUUUUAUGACAUAUAGUACUAUGAUUUAUGACAUAUAGUACUAUGAUUUAUGACAUAUAGUCCUAUGAUUUAUGACAUAUAGUACUAUGAUUUAUGACAUAUAGUCCUAUGAUUUAUGACAUAUAGUACUAUGAUUUAUGACAUAUAGUACUAUGAUUUAUGACAUAUACUAUGAUUUAUGACAUAUAGUACCAUGAUUUAAUGACAUAUAGUACUAUGAUUUAUGACAUAUAAUACUAUGAUUUAUGACAUAUAGUACUAUGAUUUAUGACAUAUACUAUGAUUUAUGACAUAUACUAUGAUUUAUGACAUAUAAUACUAUGAUUUAUGACACAUAGUACUAUGAUUUAUGACAUAUAAUACUAUGAUUUAUGACACAUAGUACUAUGAUUUAUGACAUAUACUAUGAUUUAUGACAUAUAAUACUAUGAUUUAUGACACAUAGUACUAUGAUUUAUGACAUAUACUAUGAUUUAUGACAUAUAAUACUAUGAUUUAUGACAUAUAGUACUAUGAUUUAUGACAUAUAAUACUAUGAUUUAUGACAUAUACUAUGAUUUAUGACAUAUACUAUGAUUUAUGACAUAUAAUACUAUGAUUUAUGACACAUAGUACUAUGAUUUAUGACAUAUAAUACUAUGAUUUAUGACAUAUAGUACUAUGAUUUAAUUACAUAGUACUAUAUGUCAUAAAUCAUAGUACUAUAUGUCAAAUCAUAGUACUAUGAUUUAUGACAUAUAGUACUAUGAUUUAAUGACAUAUAGUACCAUGAUUUAAUGACAUAUAGUACUAUGAUUUAUGACAUAUAGUACUAUGAUUUAUGACAUAUAGUACUAUGAUUUAUGACAUAUAAUACUAUGAUUUAUGACAUAUAGUACUAUGAUUUAAUGACAUAGUACUAUGAUUUAAUGACAUAUAGUACUAUGAUUUAAUGACAUAGUACUAUGAUUUAAUGACAUAGUACUAUGAUUUAAUGACAUAUAGUACUAUGAUUUAUGACAUAUAGUACUAUGAUUUAAUGACAUAGUACUAUGAUUUAAUGACAUAUAGUACUAUGAUUUAUGACAUAUAGUACUAUGAUUUAAUGACAUAGUACUAUGAUUUAAUGACAUAUAGUACUAUGAUUUAUUACAUAGUACAAUGAUUUAAUGACAUAUAGUACUAUGAUUUAAUGACAUAUAGUACUAUGAUUUAUGACAUAUAGUACUAUGAUUUAAUGACAUAUAGUACUAUGAUUUAAUGACAUAUAGUACUAUGAUUUAUGACACAUAGUACAAUGAUUUAAUGACAUAUAGUACUAUGAUUUAAUGACAUAUAGUACUAUGAUUUAAUGACAUAUAGUACUAUGAUUUAAUGACAUAUAGUACUAUGAUUUAAUGACAUAGUACUAUGAUUUAUGACUAUGACAAAAAAAAUGUUUAUGAUUUUUUGUGUGUGUGAACUAAGCAUUGAUAACAAGGUGAUAAACAAACAAUUGUUUGUGUCUUCAUCAUUUAACCCAACGCAUCUGAAUCAGAACCAACCAGUCCAGUGGGAUAUAUUAACAAGCUCAAGUUAUUUUUCAGUUAUUUUUGUACGUACUGAUCGGGUGAUGCAAUCUUUGUGCUGCUUUGUGGAAGAAUGAAAGUGUAGACCUGAUUCUCUUUUCAAUAACUGACUAGUGAAUUAUUUUUAUAAAUCAUUUGUUUGAUCAAUGAGACAGAAUGGGAAACGGGCCUCCAUGUCUAAUGCAUAAAUAAAUGUUCUUCUCCAAUUAAGAAAGACAACUAAAUAAUAUUUCAGUUAAAUGAUUUCUUUAUUUUUUGGGAGGUAAAGAAGUGCAUAAAUAACUGGUAAUCAUUUA